AUGUGCGCAAAGAAAUUAAAAUAUACUGCAGGUGAUGACUUACAAUUAUAUGCAACACCAAAACAAGCUCUUGAAGCAAACCGAAGGAUGCUUGAAGAAGAAAAAUUACAAAGACAACAAAAAUAUGAAAUGAAAUUAUCGCAUGAAGCAAGGAUGGAUGGUGCUACUCGUAUAUCUUCGGCACCUUCAUCGUAUAUCGAUUACAAUAAACAAAAUAAUAGUAAUCAUUCAUUACCUGGUUCUCGUAUCCCUUCUAACCACCACCAACAACAACAUUAUCAUACGCAACAAAUGCAGAUGCAUCGUGUUUUACCACAAUCACAGAGGCCUGCCAAUAUGAAUGAUGGUACUUAUAUACAUGCAAGUAAAAUGGGUAUUAUACCAAGUACUAAUCAUAGUGUGAAUUCAAGACCCAUUCCUAAUGUACCAAUCCCAAUCUUACCUGCUGUCUCUAGAGGAGCGGGUGAACGUAGCAGUAGUAGUUCCCCCCAUAGGCGGAUGUCACCUGGUAGAAGAGAAGAAUCUCACGGUUCGAUAAAUCAAAAACAACAACAAUCCAAUGAGGAAAGAGAUAUCUCUGUUGCAACACAAUUAUUUUAUAAUCAUGAUGUUAAAAAACGUGAAAGAUUAACUGCGGAAGAAUUACAAAAUUUAUUACAAAAUGAUGAUAGUACAAGGUUUUCAAUAUCUGCUAUUGAUUCUUUAAUUAAUCUUUUCGGAGCUGCAAGAUUUGGUACAGUAAAUUUAAAUGAAUUUGUUUCAUUAUAUAAAAGAGUUAAAGCUUGGCGAAAAGUUUAUGUGGAUAAUGAUAUUAAUGGAUCUUUUACUUUAUCAUUAGAAGAAUAUCAAAAUUCAUUAAAAGAAUUAGGUUAUAUGAUACCAUUUGAAGUUGGAGAAAAAUUAUUUGAUCAAUAUGCAGAAUUUAAUAUUAAACAAAAUUCAAAUUCUAAAGAAUUAAAAUUCGACAAAUUUGUUGAAAGUUUAAUUUGGUUAUUACAAUUAACAAAACAAUUUCGGAAAUAUGAUAGCAAACAAGAAGGUGUAGCUACAAUACAAUAUAAGGAUUUUAUUGAAACAACAUUAUUCCUUGGGCGUCAUUUACCACAUUAA